CCGUGAAACUGUGCGAUUUCAAGCGUGCAACGCGCGCUACGAGCAACAGAGGUCGAGCUUCGAAUAUCGAUUGCCAAUUUUUCAUUCGACGACAAUUAUGGCUAUUUUUUUCUUCGGCUCGCUAUCGAAUUCAAUUCCUAUCAAUUCCUCCUCACCCCCUUACUCCGCCCCCUCCGUCCCUCCGAACAUCGUCAACUUUUCUCCGAUUUAAAAGGCGCUUCGUAAUAAUCGCCACGUUCGAAUCACUGGAACACGAACGGCGCCAAAAUGAACUUUUCAUUUGAACAUUUGUCGGACGUUGUCAAAAUUUCACCCAAUAAAUUUACUAGGACCUGCCCUUGCUCGCCUGCACCUGUACGGCCGUCGAUGUCUCUACUGUAUUGCCUCGCAAAGCUAUCGGCUAAAUCGUCCAGGUUUAUUCGAUCGUCUCGUGCGGAGUGAGAUUCGCAUAAUUGUUGCGGCAAUGCGAUCGUGAGAUAUAUUUCUAGGUACGCUUGCGCAAAUUGUUUUCGGUUUUUGGAAUACGGAGUAUUGUCCUCGGCGCCGCUGCAGUGGAAUAUACGUAUGUAUUGAUCCGUGCGAACCUCGAGAGACUCGACGCUGCUCAAACGAAGACAUGCCUUCCUUGUGGUGUGAUACAAACGGAUCCGUCGAGUGAAAUUCGUUUCUUCAUCAUUUUGAUUUUCCCUACGGGGAAAUAGACGAGUAACGUUGAUAUAGACGCGUUGCAACGACAGACACCUGCAAUUAUAUCAUUCGACGUGUAAUUUCGGUGAACCGUCACGUUGUGACACACACAUGUAACGAUGUGUCGCCACUCAGAAUCAGAAAUGUUGGUGCGAAUCUAACGUAUUUACAUACCCUCGUAAUCUGAAAAUCUCUCGUGCAUCGAAACGUGAUUAUUUUUCAACCGUUCGCAAUUAUCGCGAUUACCGGAAAUUCGUUGAUGACGAUACCUGUUUAUUGCACGGCAGAGACACGGACGAGUAUCGGUCGCAAUCCGAUUCGUUUCAUUUUUCUAGCUUUCGCGUUCUGCGGUUUUGAAAAUUUCCUUCAAUAUCGCAGAACACAACAGACGAGAUUCCCCCAUUUCUAUGGAUUAUAAAAUGCGAAGCCUCUCAUUUUCGUUAAUAACAUUUUAUGCAGCUUAUCGUUAGCUGCACGCGGCGUGCUAAAUGAAUUAGUGUAAAGAAUUCGCUGUAGAAAUUCUAAGGGCAAAGGGAUCCUCGGUCGAAGCACGUUUUAUCCUAUCCAAUUAAAGCUUCUGGGGGCUGUUUGUUUGUUUAUUUGUAAGUUUGCCGUUGCGAGUAGCAGUCGCGUAAUACAUCCGAUCGUUAACCAAGAGUAUAAAUAUUGGGGGAUGUCUCGCGAUUGUGAUUAAAAAAUGACUUUGACUUUGUAUUUGUUUGUUUUUUUUUUUUUCAAGCAUCGAGUGCAGGUGAGGAUUGAAUCGAGUAUUCAGUUUUUCGACGAUUCGAGUGCUGUGAUUGCCAGCGAAAACUCGAUGGGCCUAAAAUAAAACGUCGAAAUAACGCGACGAUUCAAAUGGACGCUGUAGAAUUUGAAAAAUAUACAACCGAAACCCCCGUCGAAUGACAAGUGACGAGAUCACUCGGUGUGAACAGAAUGGCGUUCGAUUCUAUAAUCGCAGCUGCAAUUUUACUAGCUACCGUCCACCUCAGUUCCGCGGAAUGUCAGACAAGGUCGGUCUACUGCUACGAAUGCGAUUCAUGGACGGAUCUGAGGUGUAAAGAUCCUUUCAAUUACACAGCGUUGCCCCGCGAUCAACCACCUCUCAUGACCUGCAACGGAUGCUGCGUCAAGAUGGUCCGCAAUGCAAAGUCACCUUACGAAAAUGUGCGAAGAACUUGUACGUCGCAACUGCAGAUAAACUUGUUUAUGGUGGACCACGUGUGCAUGAUGGAAAGUACCGGCACUGGUCACAUGUGCUUCUGUGAGGAGGAUAUGUGCAAUCGGGUUGGAAUGUCUUCCCUACCAUCCCCAUUCCUCCAUAUCAGCCUCGUACUACCCCUUGUUACUACCUCCAUCCUUCGAGGCAAGGCUUGCUUGGUAGGUCGCUGUGAUGAUUAUCGUCGAUGAGUUAUUAACCAUCGCCAUCGCCCGUGCUCAUUUAUCAUCGGUCAUUGCAUUCAUUUAGUCGACUCUUCCUCGAAACUCGUAGCCCUGCAGUGGAAAAUAGAAUUCAACGUAACACCUAAUAAAGAGGGCUUGCUUGAAGAGGAAACGGUCCUCUAGAUAUGUAGAAUCGAACAUAGAAUAGAAAUAGGAUCGAAAAAGUUUGAGAUUUGAAUAAAAAUUGAACGUGUCGAUCGAUCCUGCCUAAGACUCGAUCGGAGUCUCUUUUUUUUCGUGAAUGUUUUCCAAAUUUUCUUCGAUCGAUUGGAAAAUCAUUAUUCUUCGAUUUUUUCAUUUUGUCAAUUUCUCAAGUCAUCUUCGUUUUUUUUGGUCUUUCAUUUUUUUGUGGAAUUGCAUGUCAUCGACCGGAGAUUCAAUGAUUUCCAAAGAGCGACAGUUUCGAGGAAUGGAGGGAAUCAUAACGGGAUGAUAAUAUACAUACCUAUCCAUACGAGUUAUACCUAUAUACAUAAUAUGAUGAUACCUACGUAUACUUAAAGUUAUACAUAUUUUUCAAAUCAGAGUCUGCAAAAUUAAUAGCGCUGUUCGUUGAUACUCCUAUUGUCAGACUAACGUUAUUACAUGUUAAUAUCAUAAUCCUCGAUUGAUAUUCGGCAGAAAAGCAGAAGAAAAAAAUAAGUCAGAAGUAUAACGAUCUCGGUAGUCGCCAGCUCAACAUUCGACAUAUCAAUUAUCGAUGUGUUUUUUUGAUACGUUUUGCUCGUGUUGAAAUAUUUAUAAAGAACAAUACCGUAUCGUCACGUCGAUUAUAAUAGUACGCCACCCAUAAAGUUAUCGUGUUAUCGACGUUGUCGCGCUAUUAUCUUCCAUUCGAGGUUGAAUUCAGAUCGAGGGAUAAGAUCGUCCAAUUUACCGCGGAUAAUCAAAAGAUGGAAAUCGAUUGCAAAACUUACACCUACACGUCAAACGAACCGAUAUGCCAUAUUUAUCUAUCAUAGAAUGUGUACUCCGCAUCGGUCUAAUUGUAAGCAAGUUCUUAUAUUUACACACCUUCACCUAUUCCUAUAGGCUUUAUUGAAACGAUAGAAGCACGGAUUUUUUUCGGGGAAACGAGAUGAAAGAAUAAAUUAAAACAGAAAGAAUGAGAAAAAUUCCCGAUAGCGCAUGCAGCAGCACUGAUAAUUACUUUACGUAUGUACGGUAUAUUCGAUUAAUCGGUUACGUACCUAAUCCUACACCAAUAUUAACUACACGUUGUCAUCACUGAAAUUUGGGCAAUCAUUGAUACCGUAGUCGAAGCUUGUAGCACCGACGCUUCUGAAUCCAUGAAUCGGCGACUUGCUUGAGAAAAAUUUUAACGAAAGAGAAGAGAUAUUAUUGAAAGUUCUCGUCACCUGUCAGUAAUCAAACGAACGAAUUAAUUUUCUCAGACAAGUAGUAAGAACAUCCAACUAAUUCCCACCCUCAAAAAAAGGAUCGAGUAAGCACUACGUGGGCCUUCAGAUUAUAAAUUGUCUUUGAUGGAUGAUCAGAGUAAAUAUAAGAGAGCGACAACACUAUAUUGUUAGACAGAGUCUAAAAAUGACCGUAUAAACUGAACGCCCAUUUCCUCACAGAAAGGCUUGAAUAUACCAAUCGAGCCUUUUGCCAAAUUGAUUUCGCAACUUGAAGCAAAGAAGGAAUGAAAAGUUGAGCGAGGUUUUUAUGGCAAGCCAUGCAGCUCGUGUCGUGUCAUUUGUUCAUUAUAGCACGCGCGACUGCGAGGUCGUACAAUAAUUAAUGAUAUUCGUUGUUAUUGUAAUUAAUAUCACUAUUGUUGUUAUUAUUAUGUUAUUAUCAGUAUUAUUAUCAUCAUCAUCAUCAUUAUCAUUGCAUAUGCCUGGACGAAUAUCUAAAUCGAUGCAUCGCACUAUAAACGGUCCCAAGAGUUCUUCAGACUGUCCUGCAUUAAGGACUCGUGUGAUAAAUAUAAUUAUUAACCGUUCAGAUGGAUGUGGGUACACACAUUCAUAUGGAGAAGACAUAUCAUCGAUGUUUCAAUUUGAGUAUCACAAUUACGUUGUAUGACGAGAUAAUUGAGGGGGCUGGCGCGAAAAAAGAAUCGAUGCAUUUUUCAACGUCAUUUGGAAGUAGCGUUUCUCUGAAAAACCGCGCGUUCUCUGUCUCCGAAAAACAAACUUUUAGCAAUAUCAUGAAUUUUAUCACUCUAAUAAAAGUAAAUGAAAAAAUAACUCCUGCCCCGCUCCCAUUGGGAACGACUAUUUUAUAUGGUUGUGUUAGAACUGGCCUCGCAGUCGAAUAACAGCCACUUUUAGUUAAUGUACUUAUACUCAACAUGCGAAAACCCGAGCGAAUUGAAUCGUCGGUAGUGAUUACAUUAUUGUAUCACAGUAGUGAUUAUUGUAUUAUUGCUCUCGUUGUUUCAUUUUCUAUGCAUUAUAGCGUAUGAAUAUCCACUGUUUUUCAUCCAUAAAUUGUCAUGAAAAUUACACGUGUAUGCCUGUACAAGUACAAUUACUGAAUUAUGUACGUAAAAUUUCAUCUUCGAUUCUAGAUGUGUCAUUACAAAUGCCGUGCGUGUUUUGCCCUCAUGAUAAUUCUGACCACUUGAAAAAUAAGUUGUCUUUCUGAGGCAUUGAAAGAAAUAUUUUUAGUAAGAAGAAAAAAAUACGAAACUUUUGAAAACUGUUCUCAUCUCAUAAAGAUUGACAGACACAUGUAAUCAUGAUCUCCGACGUACGUCCCCGAGUGAAUAUUGAAAAAAAUUCGGUCUCUACUGGGAUAUCAAGCCGCUGAGUUAUAUGCAGCCUUAUUGUUAUUGUAUAAUUUUUAUUGAUGUCAACUCGAUUGUAAACGACAACGGUUGAAUGAGAGGAUUACGUACAUUGCCGAAAAUUACCAUUUUCAAUUUUUCGUGAAUAUUAUAUUUGAAUGUACUAAUUAUUCUUCCGUUGCGUUUGAUGCUGACAACGUAAACGAAUUGAUCGAAUCAUCGUUGAAUAUUUCCUUGCACUUUUAGGUAUACCUCUACUUGAAGCUAUUGCCUGCGUAUGUGGGAAAAUUAGCUCAAAAUGUGUAAAUAAAAUAAAUUGUUAUUACGAGAUGAUUGAAGAAUUCCCAUUCGGAAUAUAAGCGUUGACUGAGUAUUUGUAAUCUCCGGUCAACGGUAUAAGUUCAAUAUAUUUAUGGCAUAAGUAUGCCACGUACGAUACGUUGGCGCAUGAGGAUAAGAAAUCUUUUACUAAUUGCGCUAAUGCAAAAUCGCGUUUUUUCCUUGUAAAAAAUUUAAAAAAAAUAUAUGCUAAUAAGAUAGACAUAGUACCUA